AGAAGUUGUCUUGUAAAUAUUCCAGCAUUCAAACCAGUCGCCUGAGUCCAAUCCCACAUAAAGCCGCACUCACCGUUCUCAUCAGACCAAAGACUUGAUUAUUAUAUUCCUUGACAACUUUUCCUUUAACAAGCGCUUUCAUGAUGGGGAUAAAUUCCUCGAACCCAGUUCAUUCCCCCGCGACCGCGCCAGCGCCGACAAUUGGCAAUGGACCAGUCUUGAGUCAGAAGCCCAUCACUGACAAGAUGGGAGAUGGAUCCACAGCUCAUGCAAAUGGGUAUCAUCAAACGUUCACUUGCAAGGAUGCACCAGUCGAGAACCAACGGCCUCUCAAGGUCCGUGUGAUCGGGGCUGGAUACUCUGGUGUUUACCUCGGCAUUAGAAUCCCGCAGCGUUUGCGCAACAUUGAUCUCAAGAUCUAUGAGAAGAAUGAAGGUGUCGGAGGAACGUGGUGGGAGAAUCGGUAUCCAGGUUGCGCCUGCGAUAUUCCAUCCCAUUCUUAUCAGUACACGUUUGCCCCAAACAAGGCCUGGUCGGGCUUUUAUGCUCCAUCACAUGAGAUUUGCGCCUACAUCGACGACGUGGCAGAGAAGUACGGUGCCAAGCGCUUCAUUCAUCUCGGGCAUAAAGUAACGAGCGCAACCUGGAAUGAUACCGCCAAGAAAUGGCAUCUUACAGUUGAGACGAACUCAGGUGAGAGCUUCGCCGAAGAAGUAGACGUCGUCGUUGCCGCUAGAGGUAACCUUAAUACUAUCUCCUGGCCUGAUAUUCCUGGCUUUGAUACCUUCAAGGGGAAGAAGAUGCACUCAGCAGCCUGGGAUCAGGAAUAUGACUUCAAGAACAAGAAUAUUGGUGUCAUUGGUGGUGGAUCGAGCUCGAUACAGAUUGUGCCAGAGCUACAAAAGGUCGAGGGUGCGAAGUUGAGCUGCUUCGUUCGUAGCAAAGUGUGGAUAUCGAACCGCUUUGGCGAUGUGACGAUGAAGCAAUUAGGGUGGGAUCCUUCUGAUAUUCAAUUUUCGGCCGAUCGUUUGGCAGAAUUUAUCAAGAGUGAUGAUGUGUAUCUUCGCUUCCGCAAGCGCAUCGAGGACGACGGCAACUUAGUUCAUCUCUCAACUCUUCGAGGCUCAGAGAUGCAGAAAGAGUUCGUCUCUAUGUUCUCAAAGAUCACCAAUGAUGUUCUCGGCUCACGACCCGAUCUUCUUGAGUCGUUCUCGCCAAGCUUUGGUGUUGGGUGUCGUCGUCUGACACCCGGACCAGGCUAUCUCGAGGCACUGUCCCAGCCCAACGUCAACUUCAUCACGCAAGGUAUCGAGAGUAUCAACGAAACGGGCCUGAAGCUUACUGGGCCCCAAGGUCGACAGAUUGACGUGGAUGUGUUGGUCUGCGCAACAGGUUUUCAGACUAACUAUACUCCUCCUUUCCCUGUUGUCGGUAAGCAGGGAAUAACACUGAAGGACAAGUUCAAUCCGUUCCCUGCAACCUAUCUGACUAUGGCGGUGGAUGGUUUCCCAAACUACUUUAUGAUGCUCGGGCCCAACUCGGCGAUUGGAGCCGGCUCUCUGACCUGUCUUCUCGAGGCAGAAGGCGAUUACAUCGUCAAGUGCAUCCGCAAACUCCAGAAGGAAGACUACGUAACUAUGACGCCCAAAGCAUCCCGCGUUCAAGACUUUGCAGACUACAUUGGGCAGUAUUUCAAGAAGACAGUUUAUAUGGACGACUGUAAGUCAUGGUACAAAAUCGGGGACGGAUAUGGCGAUAAGAUUUCUGCUCUUUGGCCCGGUAGUGUCUUGCAUGCAUUGGAGACUUUGAGAGCACCGAGAUGGGAAGACUUUGACUUUGAAGAGAUGCAUGAUAAUAGACUUCGAUGGUUAGGUAAUGGCUGGAGUAUGUGUGUCAUGGAGGAGGAGGAGCAGGGUGAUCCGAGUUGGUACGUCAACCCGGAUAUAGUGGAUGUGCCGCCUGAAGGAAAGCCAGAGAGGGAUCCCAAGUACCUGGCGAGACCAUUCUCUUACUGAUUAGAUUGCCUUGCGAUUACUAAAUUUACAUCUUUAUUCUCAACAUAUUAGUCGCUGAUAAAAUUCUUUUUGCUUAUAAGAUGC